CUGCCAGUUGCUCAGAGUGUUUCAGAGUCUGUCAGGUCCACACAGCUGCUGCUGAUGAAGAUGAUGAAGGUGAUGAAGGUGUCAGAGCUGCUCCUCAUCCUCUCUUGUGUCCUCUGUGUCCCAGCAGACAAUCUACAUGAGUAUAUUCGUAUCGCCGGCUGUUCAGACUCCGGAGAGUCAAAUGGAGAGUUCAUGUAUGGACUUGACGGUGAAGAACUGUAUUACUCAGACUUCAACAACAAGAGAGGAGUUUACCCUCAGCCUGACUUUGUAGAUGGUAUCAACUACGGGGACCAGAUUUUUCAGUUCUCUCAGGGUGAACUGGAAUCCUGCAGAUGGAACCUGAAACUAAAUCUAGUCAACUUUAAGAACCUACCACUGCAGCUCGAUCCUCCUUCAAGUCCGAUUGUCUACCUGAAAGACAAGGUGGAGCUCGGAGUCCAGAACACGCUGAUCUGUCAUGUUACCGGUUUCUACCCUGCUCCUGUUAAACUCUACUGGACCAAGAACGGACAGAACAUGACUGAAGGAACCAGCAUCAAUGUUCCCUACAUCAACACAGACGGUUCCUACAGACAGACCUCCAGACUGGAAUUCAUCCCACAGCAGGGAGACAUCUACAGCUGUAGAGUGACUCACCCAGCGACCGAACCACUGACCAGGAUAUGGGAUGUGGAGGUGCAGCAGCCAGGUGUUGGACCUGCAGUGUUUUGUGGACUGGGUCUGACUGUCGGUCUGCUCGGUGUGGCGGCUGGAACCUUCUUCCUUGUCAAAGGAAACGAGUGCAGCUGAUUGGCUGGAGCUGAUGAUGUCAUCAGUAUCAGCUGCUGCCUGAAGUGUUUUUCUUCAUUUUAAGCUUGAACAUGUUUCUGUCUGCGUUCUGUAGAUAAUGUAUUUGAACUCUUCACUAACUGUUGCAGCUUCCACACAAACACUCUGAUUUCUCUGCAGCACGUUCACUCUGAACCUGUAACACUAUAAAUAUCUGUGUUUGAUUUUAUGUUCAAUGGACAGUUUUUAUCAAAUAAUCAUUUUAUGAACAUGUACUCUCAUAACGUACUUUAAUGUGAACAAGAGUCACAAAUAAAGAUGAGAAAUGAGUGUAUUGAUA